GGUUAGAAAAGAAAUGACUAAAGUUUAAUUAUAUAUAGACGUGAGAGAGACAGAUCCGACCGAUUCUCCGAGCCUGACGUUAACGGAGCAGGUGUAUCGAAGGCCAGAAUAAGGAGAUUCUCCGGAGUAUUCUCUCGACACGAAACGCAUUCCGUCCUUGGUAACUUGAAAGAGAGAAAUUACCUAACGCGCCAGAGAUUCUCGCAUUUCGUUUUCGCGAUCUUUCCUCGAUAUACCGCGUAGAUCGCUCAAUCCGAUCGAUCUCAAGAGAGAAAGAGAGAGGGAUCUCGGAGGGAGCACGUUCUGGCACGUGCUGUUAAUCGUUCGAUGAGAAACGAACAAGAUUUGGUGCCUACCCAGCGUGCGUGAGCGGAUCCUCGGGCACGAGGGCGGUGCGCCGAGGAGGUCGUCCUCGACGACGACGAUCGCGACGACGGCAAAGACGGCAAAGACGACAGCGACGACAGCAUCGAUGCUACGCUCGCCGGCGCGCGGCGCCAUCACCGUCCUGCGGGAGCCCUCCGCUUCUGCAUCGGUUUCCGCCGCGGCUGCGGCGGCCGCGGUGGCGUCCUCGGCCACCACCGUCUCGGCACCGCCGACGCCGGUGCACCACGGCGGCGCCGGUACCGGCGCCGGCAGCUCGAGCAGCGCCUCCUCCUCGCGCCUCUCCUUGCUCGACACCUGCCACAGGAAGAUCAGGCUCUUCGGCGAGCUAGUUGCAAAGGCCAGACGAAAGGAGAAGGAUGCGGGAACCACGGAGGAUCCGAAAUUGUACCUGGAGGAGGCUGCUCUCGAAAGGCAGCUACCGGAGCUGGACCUGAGGAUGCUCGUGGACCUACCGCCCGGCCUGGACUACAACGAAUGGCUGGCGUCGCACACCCUCGCAUUGUUCGACCAUAUUAAUCUCGUCUAUGGCACAAUAUCCGAGUUUUGCACCAUGACGGGCUGUCCCGACAUGACCGGUCCCGGCUUAAGAACGUAUCUAUGGUUCGACGAAAAGGGAAAGAAAACGAGGGUUGCGGCGCCACAAUACAUAGACUAUGUUAUGACAUUUACGCAACGCACCGUUAGCGACGAAACUAUAUUCCCUACAAAAUAUGCAAACGAGUUCCCGAGCUCGUUCGAGUCGAUAGUGCGUAAGAUCCUGCGGCUACUGUACCACGUAGUGGCACACAUCUACCACUGCCACUUCAGGGAGGUGGCGCUUUUGGGGUUGCACGCUCACCUCAAUUGUGUAUUCGCCCACCUCACGCUCCUUAAUCAACGCUUCAACCUUAUAGACCCCAAGGAGACGGAGAUCCUGGGGGACUUAGAGGCCGCCCUCUUGGGUGACUCGACAUCCGCGCCUUCGCAGACCUUAGCCAUCCAGGAGACUCCGACCACUACGAACACUAGCAGUACCACCUAGAUCGCUGCGAUGCGUUAUAGCGAACGAGCAGAGGUUGCAGUUCCUGAGACUAGGUGACGAUAGAUGACGAUACGUUCGUUCAUUCGAUUUCUUUUUUGUCUCCUUUUUUUCUUUUUGUAGAUUACAUGCGAAAAAUAACGUAUUUGCGAUAUGAUCGGCUGGUAAGAAUGAAAAAAAAGUACGAAAGAGUGAGAGAAAGAGAAUGAAAGAGUGCGAGAGAGAAUGAGAGAGAAAGCAGUGAUUCUGUAAAAACAAGAAAAAAUAUACCAGUAGUACCUGUACAUAGCAAAGUGUGAACAACUAUAUGAUGUAAUUAGGUUCCUCUGUUUGUUGUUUGUGAGAUUGUACAUAAUUUAUUAAAUGGUAAGAUACAUGAGGAAGGAAAAGAGAGAGAAAGAACGAAAGAAAGAAGAUGAAAGAGAGCGAGAGCGAAGAAUGCGCAAGAGUGACAAAGAACGAACAUUGAUUAUUAUUGACAAAGCUAGUUGCUAUAAGAGAUAAUUUGUUCUGUAAAAAAUGAUACAAUAAUAUUGUAAAGUUAAAAUAAUACCAAAUAUAUACCUGGUGUUAAGGCA